CAGCGAAGUAUCGUAUCGUAUCGUAGAGUUGUGAAUAAAGUGAAGCAAAGUUGAGUGAAGUGACGUGCCGUUGUACUAAAUUUAUACUACGUAUAAGAUAGGAAGAAAGAAGGAAAGAUAGAGUGCAUAAUAGGUAAUACGAUGAUAAAAGAGAGAGGAGAAUGGAAUGUGUGCAGAACAAGCGGCAGCUGUAAUAACCAGCUAUAGUGUACGGACGAUGAGCACUAUAUUCAUCCAUCCAACCGACCGACCAACCAACGCAUGAACGUGAUAUACAAGUUUAGUUAGUCGCAUCAUACCGCGGGGACUCGAUUGACCAACAACACCUAUAUUCGCUAUUCUUGAACUGUACUGAACUUUAUUGCUGUGCUGCCGCCGCUGAUGCUACUGGCAUCACGCGAGUCGCUUUUAUUCUACGAUCAUUUCAAAUUUCAAGCUCAACGAGAGGCGAAUCGAAUACGUUGAUGGUGAUCGACAUUCUUUUCGUUAUUCUGCUUCUUCCGAGACUUGUACUUAGUUCAGUGUUUACGCGUCGAACAAAGUACACCCGUACACAUCCAUACAUGUACGGUGAAAUUACCUCUAUAUUCGUAUAUAUCAAAGUUUUACACGCGUACAAAAGUUCUACUAUUAGUAUCUGGUAGCAGUUGCCAUACUGUUGACAAGAUGGCGUCCAAAGGGAAGCUAGCAGAUGAGCAUGGCCGAUCAGAUUCGUACAGAGUUGCCACUCUGCCAAAUGUUCGAGAUGACAACAAAACCGCUGAUGGAAUGUACAAGUCGCGGCGGAAGAACCCAAAGCGGAAGGGGGACAAUUUGGAUGAUUUAAAACAAGAGUUGGACAUUGAUUUUCAUAAAAUCACCCCCGAGGAACUCUACCAGAGAUUUAGUACGCACCCCGAAAACGGCCUCAGCCAUGCGAAAGCAAAAGAAAACCUUGAGAGGGACGGACCGAAUGCCUUGACGCCUCCAAAACAGACACCCGAAUGGGUGAAGUUCUGCAAAAAUCUCUUCGGAGGUUUCGCGUUGCUCCUCUGGAUCGGAGCUUUCCUCUGUUUCAUCGCUUAUUCGAUCCAAGCCUCGACCGUUGAGGAUCCUAACGACGACAACCUCUACCUAGGUAUCGUCCUAGCGGCCGUCGUGAUAGUCACGGGUAUAUUCUCGUACUAUCAAGAGAGCAAAUCGAGUAAGAUCAUGGAAUCUUUCAAGAACAUGGUACCACAAUUCGCGACAGUCCUUAGGGAGGGUGAGAAAAUCACCCUCAGGGCCGAGGAUCUCGUCCUCGGUGACGUUGUUGAAGUCAAAUUUGGCGACAGGAUUCCGGCUGACAUAAGGAUCAUAGAAUCACGAGGAUUCAAAGUGGACAAUAGCUCGCUCACCGGUGAAUCCGAACCGCAAUCAAGGUCCCCUGAAUUCACGAAUGAGAAUCCAUUGGAAACCAAGAAUCUCGCAUUUUUCUCUACCAACGCCGUGGAAGGUACCGCUAAGGGUGUUGUCAUAUGCUGUGGCGAUCAAACUGUGAUGGGAAGGAUCGCCGGACUCGCAUCUGGACUCGACACCGGAGAAACACCGAUCGCCAAAGAAAUCCAUCACUUCAUUCACCUGAUCACAGGAGUCGCGGUAUUCCUCGGCGUGACAUUCUUCCUGAUCGCUUUCAUUCUUGGAUACCAUUGGUUGGAUGCCGUCAUUUUCCUCAUCGGUAUCAUCGUCGCGAACGUACCGGAAGGUCUUUUAGCCACUGUUACCGUGUGCCUUACCCUCACGGCUAAGAGAAUGGCGUCGAAGAAUUGUCUGGUUAAGAAUCUCGAGGCCGUUGAAACGCUCGGAUCGACAUCGACUAUUUGCUCCGACAAGACGGGUACUCUCACCCAGAACAGAAUGACCGUUGCUCACAUGUGGUUCGAUAAUCAGAUUAUCGAAGCCGAUACAACCGAGGAUCAAUCUGGAGUUCAAUACGACAGAACCAGCCCAGGAUUCAAAGCAUUGGCGAAAAUUGCGGCGCUCUGCAACCGUGCUGAGUUCAAAGGCGGACAAGACGGAGUACCGAUAUUGAAGAAGGAGGUCAACGGCGACGCUUCCGAAGCAGCUCUGCUUAAAUGCAUGGAACUUGCUCUUGGCGAUAUAAUGGGUAUCAGGAAACGAAACAAGAAAGUAUGCGAGGUGCCGUUCAAUUCUACGAACAAGUAUCAAGUUUCCGUACACGAAUCCGACGAUCCGAACGAUCCCAGACAUUUAUUGGUGAUGAAAGGAGCACCGGAGAGAAUUUUGGACAGAUGUAGCACGAUAUUCAUCGGCGGUAAGGAGAAGGUGCUCGAUGAGGAAAUGAAGGAAGCUUUCAACAACGCUUACCUCGAACUUGGAGGACUUGGAGAACGUGUACUUGGAUUCUGUGAUUUUGUUCUUCCGAGCGAUAAGUUCCCACUUGGAUUUAAAUUCAACUGCGACGAUCCAAACUUCCCCGUAGAAGGACUCCGCUUUGUGGGACUCAUGUCCAUGAUUGAUCCGCCCAGGGCUGCGGUACCGGACGCUGUUGCUAAGUGCAGAUCUGCCGGUAUUAAGGUCAUCAUGGUUACUGGUGAUCACCCUAUCACUGCCAAAGCUAUUGCCAAAUCUGUGGGCAUCAUAUCCGAAGGAAAUGAGACCAUCGAGGAUAUCGCACAACGUCUAAAUAUUCCCGUCGCUGAAGUCAACCCCCGUGAAGCAAAGGCCGCUGUAAUCCACGGUACGGAAUUGAGGGAGCUCGAUUCCGACCAACUCGACGAAAUUUUGAGGUACCACACGGAGAUCGUAUUCGCUCGUACUUCGCCGCAGCAGAAAUUGAUCAUUGUAGAAGGUUGUCAGAGAAUGGGUGCCAUCGUUGCUGUAACCGGCGACGGUGUGAACGAUUCUCCGGCGUUGAAAAAGGCUGACAUCGGUGUAGCUAUGGGUAUCGCUGGUUCCGACGUAUCCAAACAAGCGGCUGACAUGAUUUUACUCGACGACAAUUUCGCCUCGAUUGUAACUGGCGUUGAAGAGGGACGUUUGAUUUUUGAUAAUCUCAAAAAAUCGAUCGCCUACACGCUGACGUCAAAUAUUCCAGAAAUAUCACCUUUCCUCGCUUUCAUUUUAUGCGACAUCCCACUGCCACUUGGAACCGUCACCAUUCUCUGCAUCGAUCUUGGAACUGACAUGGUACCUGCCAUCUCGCUAGCCUACGAGGAGGCUGAGAGUGAUAUUAUGAAGCGACAACCACGAAACCCGUUCACUGACAAGCUAGUUAACGAAAGGCUGAUUUCAAUGGCGUACGGACAAAUUGGGAUGAUCCAAGCAGCGGCCGGUUUCUUCGUCUACUUCGUAAUAAUGGCUGAAAAUGGUUUUCUACCAUUGAAAUUAUUCGGUAUUCGAAAACAGUGGGAUUCGAAAGCCAUCAAUGAUCUUACCGACAGUUACGGACAGGAAUGGACUUUCCGGGACCGUAAGACUCUGGAAUUCACGUGCCACACGGCGUUCUUCGUGUCAAUCGUGAUUGUGCAAUGGGCCGAUUUGAUAGUUUGUAAGACACGUCGUAAUUCAAUAAUCCAUCAGGGUAUGAGAAAUUGGGCCCUAAAUUUCGGUUUGGUAUUCGAAACCGCACUAGCAGCGUUCCUUAGUUACACACCAGGAAUGGACAAGGGACUUCGCAUGUUCCCUCUCAAAUUCGUCUGGUGGUUACCAGCAAUUCCUUUCAUGAUUGCAAUCUUCAUAUACGACGAAACGAGACGAUUCUACCUCCGCCGAAACCCUGGUGGUUGGCUCGAACAAGAAACUUACUAUUAAAAAAAUAAAGUUGAUAAUACAACAAAAAAAUCCAUCAACAACAUCAAUAACAACAACAAAAGAAAACAAAACGUUACUGAACACAUUAUAGCGCAGAACACACUCGAAACUAACAAACAAACAAAACAAACAAACUGUUAACAAUGAUAAGUAACGAUUUGCACGAAAAACAUAUAAACAAAAACUAUAAUAUGUAUGCAUGUGUAUACGUAUAUGAAUGAUUUUUAUAGUAUACAGAUAUAUACAUAUUGAAAAAAAAACAUCAACAACAAUUAUUGUACAACAAAAAUCGACAAAAAAAAAAGAAAGACCAUCAUAAAAAAUCACUCAUUAUAAUAUAAUUAUACAACAACAACAAAAGGGAAUUAAAAAAAGAAAAAAACCACAUACACCAUACACAUACUAUUUUACACGGGGCGUGCUACUGAUGGGUAUAUAAAAUUAAUAUCCGCGUACUGUUGUGACGUAUAUUACCUAUGUAUUAAGUAGUCAAGAUUAAAAGUGAGGAAAAAACAAUAGAGAGAACAAACAAUAAAGUUAGAGGGUAUAUGAAGAGAUGAUAAGAAAAAAGAGAAGAAAAUGAUGCUGAAGAUUAUGUCGAAUGAAAUUAUAGAAAAAAGAAGCUCGAGGAGAUUAUUAUACCAAAUCGUAUCGCUUUGGUUGUCGAUUAAAAAAAAGAAAAAAAAAAGAAAAAAGACGCAAAAAUUAAUAUGAAAAUGAAAAGAGUACAGAUAUUCAAGUAAACUAGAGCAAAAUAAAAAAUAUCGAAAAUACAAAGAAUGGAAAGAAAAUUGCAGAUAAUAAAAUUAAAAAGAGAGAAAAAAACAAAAAAAAAAAACAAAAAGUAAAAUUUAAAAAAAUAUAUAUAUAUAUAUUACCACGCUGUUAUAAUGUAUUGACCAAAAUAUAUAGUUGCUUAUUUAACAAUUAUAUAAAAGUAAAAUACCUUAUAUAUUAUAGCCAAAUGAAGAGGGAAAAGAGAAACGACCGGGUUGGAUAUUAUAAAUUUUAGCAGACUUACAUGGGGAGGAAUAAUGAACAACAGCAGUAACAUCAAAAAGCAAAGAAUAUAUGUAAGAUGUAAUUUACAAACAAAAAACAAUUGGAAGUAAUUUUUUAUUAGUUUUCAAUUUCUGUGUGUAUUGUAGAUAUCAGGAAGCAGAUAACGAGGAGAAAAAAAUCAUCCAUAACGCGAAUCUUAUUAAUAUUUAUUCCGAUUUUUUUUUUUUUUUUUAUUUUAUGAUAUUUUGACCAUAUGGUAUAUGUAUACGUAUUUAAUUAUAUGAUCGUUAGCAGCACGUACUUUAAAGAUGGAGGACUCAGAUUGAAAGUAAGAAGAAAAAAAAGAAAUGAAAUGAAAUAAAAAGAAAAGACAGGAAAGGAAAAGAGAAGAUUUUAUAUCGGAAUCGAAAUGUGGUAUAAUAAAUGUAAUAGCUGGGCCUAAAAUUGAUGGAGAAAUAUUAAACCGUAGGAUGCAAAUAAUAACCCUAAUGUUUUUUGACCGACAAAAGAUUAAUAAGACAGUAAGAGGAGAAUAUGAUGAAGAAAAUAGAUACGAAAACUAAUGAAUAAAGUAAGAAAGUUAUUAUAAAUAUGAAUCAUAUACAUACCUAUGAUAUAUUUAUGAUAAUUAUUUAACGGAGGAAGAGAUACGAUAUGAUGAGAAAAUCGUGGAGAGAAAGAAUAAAAAACGAAAAAGAUUGAUAUAAGAAAAGAAAAGGUAUUUUAUGUUAGGAAAAAGAAAAGUAAAAAAAGAUUU